AUGGACGGGGGCAACGUUCGAGUUGUUGUCCGUGUCCGAGCGUUUCUGCCCAGAGAGAUCCAGCGUGGUGCCGAAUGUCUGGUAGAGAUGGACCCCAUUACCCAGCAGACGACGCUGCUUGUCCCGAACGAUGACGACCCGGCGAACGCAAAGGCCAAGUCCAGGAAGAUCAUCGAAGAGAAGUCCUUCACAUUCGACAAUUCUUUUUGGAGUCACGAUAUCGAAGACAAGCACUAUGCGCACCAGUCGGACGUCUACAACAGCCUGGGUGAAGAGUUCCUCGACCACAACUUCGAGGGCUACCACACCUGCAUCUUCGCCUACGGCCAGACGGGCUCAGGCAAGAGUUACACGAUGAUGGGCACACCAGAUCAGCCGGGUUUGAUUCCUCGAACGUGCGAGGAUCUCUUUGAGCGAAUCGAAGCUGCGCAGAACGAGACACCCAACAUCUCUUACAACGUCAGGGUAUCCUACUUUGAGGUCUAUAACGAGCACGUUCGCGACCUGCUCGUCCCCGUCGUGCCAAAUCAGCCACCAUACUAUCUCAAGAUCAGAGAGUCCCCGACGGACGGCCCGUAUGUCAAAGACUUGACCGAGGUGCCUGUCCGCAAUCUCAACGAGAUUUUGAGGUAUAUGACGGCCGGCGACAGAUCGAGAACUGUGGCCAGUACCAGGAUGAACGACACGAGUAGUCGCAGCCAUGCUGUUUUUACUAUUAUGCUCAAGCAGAUCCACCACGAUAUGGAGACGGACGAGACGACCGAACGAAGCUCGCGCAUCCGGCUGGUCGACUUGGCCGGAAGUGAGCGUGCCAAGGCGACCGAGGCAACCGGACAGCGGCUUCGCGAGGGUAGCAACAUCAACAAAUCCCUGACCACCCUCGGUCGUGUCAUCGGGGCGCUCGCAGACGCGAAGCCAGGCUCCAGAAAGCGAAGCAAGGACGUAGUACCAUACCGAGAUUCGAUCCUGACAUGGCUGUUGAAGGACUCGCUGGGAGGCAACAGUAAAACGGCCAUGAUUGCCUGUAUCGCGCCGUCGGACUACGAAGAGACUCUUUCGACUCUUCGCUACGCAGACCAGGCCAAACGUAUUCGCACGCGUGCGAUCGUCAACCAAGACCAUAUCUCGUCGGCUGAGCGCGACGCCCAGAUCGUGGCAAUGGCGGAGGAGAUCCGGAACCUCCAGCUCUCCGUCUCGGAGUCGCGCCGGCGGGAGAAGGAUAACAAGGAUCAAGAGGAGAAGCUCGAGGAGUACCAGAACCGCGUCGUUACAAUGCAGCGAAUGAUGGAGGAGCGCAGUCUCGUCGCGGAGGGAAAGAUACGCAGCUUGCAGACGGAGAACGAGGCCCUUCGCUUGCACCUCAAGCUGGCUCUCGAGAGCCUGAAGAACCCCAUCCCCGCCGUCACCGUCAAGCCAGUGGAGGAAGACGACGAGAAUACCAGGGAGGCGGGACAAGAAGACAAGGAGAACGCCGAGGAGGGCGAGUCAGUGUACGACGACUCGGACGAUACGGCUUACGACUCAGAUGUCAUGGAGGACAAUGCCAACGACAUGCAAGACUACAUGCGCAGUCUGCUGAGCGACCUGAGCAUGUUCAGACGGAAGAUCGGGGACGAUAAGGAGCGGUGGGUCGGAGAGGUUCUGGGUAACAAGCUGAAUGCCUGA